AUGGGAUCAAAAUGGAUAAAAUACAUUUUCUGUUCUGUCUUUUUGUCUCUCAUAAGUUCCUCCAAGUCUCACCCGGGACCAGUUGUCCACAUAAGUGAUAAUCCUAUGGAUGAAGGAAAGCUUAUAAUUGGAUUUGAGUCUGGGAUCGUGGUCCUGUGGGAUUUGAAAUCAAAGAAAGCAGACUAUCGCUACACUUACGAUGAGGCUAUCCACUCAGUUGCCUGGCAUCACGAGGGAAAACAGUUCAUUUGCAGUCACUCAGAUGGAACUCUGACCAUAUGGAACAUCAGAGGCCAAGGAAAACCCAUACAGACAAUCACACCGCAUGGAAAACAGCCCAAGGAUGGAAAGAAGCCAGAGCCGUGUAAACCCAUUCUUAAAGUGGAAUAUAAAACAACGAGAAAUGGGGACCCUUUCAUUAUAUUCUCUGGUGGUCUGUCCUACGACACGGUGGGACGCAGGCCAUGUCUGACAGUUAUGCACGGAAAGAGUAUUGCGGUGCUGGAGAUGGAUUAUCCUAUCGUAGACUUUCUCACGCUAUGUGAGACACCAUAUUCUAAUGAUUUUCAGGAGCCUUACGCUGUGGUGGUCCUGUUAGAAAAAGAUUUAGUGGUGAUCGACCUUGCACAAAAUGGUUACCCCAUAUUCGAGAACCCAUAUCCUCUAACGAUCCACGAGUCUCCUGUAACCUGCUGUGAGUACUUUGCCGACUGCCCUGUGGACCUGAUUCCUGCAUUUUACUCCGUUGGUUCGCGGCAAAAGCGACAGGGUUACAGCAAAAAGGAGUGGCCUAUUAGUGGUGGAAACUGGGGACAGGGCACACAGAGCUACUCCGAGAUCAUCAUCACCGGUCAUGCUGAUGGAACAGUGAAGUUCUGGGAUGCCUCUGCAAUAAUGCUCCAGGUGCUCUAUAAGCUAAAAACGGCAAAGGUUUUUGACAGGAACCGAUCCAAGGAAGACAAGGGCAGCACCGAGGUGUCGGACGAAGAUCCCUUCGCCAUUCAGAUUAUGGCCUGGUGCCCUGAGAGCAGGAUGCUCUGCGUGGCCGGGGUGUCAGCCAACGUUAUCAUCUACCGCUUCAGCAAGCUCGAAGUAACUACUGAGGUGGUGCAGUUACUAGAGGUGCGAAUGCAGUACGAGCUGAACGAAACGGAGUCUCCAGAUGGUGGAGGUGGCGAACAAACAUCGGCACAUCCCACCCCUGGUGCCUCCCCUCAGACAAGCGGCCCACCUUCACACCCCUCUACCAGCAGCAACAACUCUGACGGAGGCAACAUACCCUGCCUUAAAGUACGAAGUUCUCCUUUGAAGCAGUCUCCAGGCUACCAGGUGGAUUUGGUGGUCCAGUCAGUGUGGGUGAGUGGAGAGCCUCCUCAGCAGAUCACAAGUCUGGCGAUGAAUUCCUCCUACGGCCUAUUGGUGUUUGGCAACAGUAACGGCCUGGCGGUGGUGGACUACAUCCAGAAAACGGUAGUUCUCAAUCUGGGGACGGUGGAGCUUUACGGAUCCAAUGAUCCCUACCAGAGACAGCCUCGGUCGCCAAGGAAAACGCGGCAACCUUCGGGAGGCUUGUGUGACAUUAACGAGUGUUCGGCCACGUCGGAGGAUCGCUGCAAGUCUCCAACUUCAGUCUUGAUGUCACACAGCAAUCUUCAACAGUUCUACAAUGGAGGUGGUAGAGGAGCAAAGAUGUCACGGAAAUUAAGCUUACCUACUGAGCUAAAGCCAGACUUGGUCCUCCUGUCCGUGUGCCCACCGCGGGGUGCCAACCCGUUAGACCACCGGGACAACUCCUUCAGCCGCUCCCGCUCCUCCAGCGUCACCAGCAUCGACAAGGAAGCCCGAGAGGCCGUCAGCUCCUUCCACUUCUGUGAGACUUUUGCCCGGAAGGGAGACUGCGCUUUGACGCCCUGUCUGUAUGUCGGCACCUCGCUGGGGACUGUGUUAGUACUGGCGCUCACUUUGCCACCUGCAGGGGAGCAGCGGCAACUGCAGCCAAUUAUCAUUUCACCUACUGGCAUGUUGGUACGGCUCAAGGGAAGCAUCAUGCGGAUGGCUUUUCUGGACUCUGCCGGUUCCCUGCUACCUUCUGCAUUUGAAACGUGGUACGAGCCCAACGUCACAGCGGACGGCGAAGAAAGGGAGAAGAUCCGAAGGCGGCGGCCCGUCUCCGUUUCACCUUCCAGCUCGCAGGAGCUCAACGAGAGCCAGUUUGCCGUGGUGUGCUCCGAGAAGCAGGCCAAGGUCAUUUCACUUCCUUCCCAGACCUGCAUCUACAAACACAGCAUCACAGAGGCUUCUUUCAUCUUGCGGGCAGACGUCGUACAGAUGAACCAGUCGGUGUGCGUGGCUUGCUUUUGUGCCAACGGCCACAUAAUGACCCUCAGUGUGCCGGGACUGAGACCACUCAUGGAUGUAAACUACCUACCUUUGACAGACAUGCGGAUAGCCAGGACGUUCUGCUUCACAAAUCUGGGCCAGGCCAUGUACCUUUGCUCGCCUACAGAGAUUCAGAGGAUAACUUACAGUCAAGAAACCUGUGAGAAUUUACAGGAGAUGCUGGGUGAACUUUUUACACCAGUAGAGACACCAGAGGCGCCAAACAGAGGGUUUUUUAAAGGUCUCUUUGGAGGAGGAGCGCAAUCUCUGGACAGAGAAGAACUAUUUGGCGAGCUAGCGGCCGGGAAGGCGUCUCGAAGUCUGGCCCAGCACAUUCCCGGCCCAGGUGGCAUCGAGGGGAUGAAGGGGGCGGCCUCAGGCGUGGUCGGAGAUCUGGCACGUGCUCGGAUAGCGCUGGACGAAAGAGGUCAAAAACUGGGUGAACUGGAGGAGAGGACAGCUGCCAUGAUGGCCAGCGCAGAUUCUUUUUCCAAACAUGCCCAUGAUAUGAUGCUGAAAUGCAAAGACAAAAAAUGGUACCAAUUCUGAUGGGCCAUGGCGAGGAGCAGAGCUCUGUGGUUACAACUGUCUCACUGACCUUCCAUCAGCUCAUCUGAACUCACACCGACUCCCCCCCGCCAUCUGUCCGUCGAGCCAUCCGUCUGAGCCUUCUUCACUGGAAACAUUUGGGAGUUUUUUUUUCCCCUAGCACAAUGUUGGAUACUGUUCUUACCUCAGUGUGAAGGUGGAACUGAGGUAAAGAGGGGCGACCUCAGAGGAAAGUAAUACAUAAAUGGUGACAGUUUUAUUUUAUUUAUUUAUUUUUUCUUUUUGUUCAUGUUAAACCUCCCUUCCAAGGCCUCAGAUUGGUCCACGCGCCUGAGGAGUCCUCAAUCUCAUUUUGCCAAAACGUCCUUUUACUGUUGUCUCCUCUGUGUACCCUCUUGGCCAAUAUUCAGAACCAACAGCUAAUGGCUGAAAGAAGACUUAACAUUUAACCAAGUUACAAUGAAUUCAUGUAAGAGAAAAGGAGUCUAAAUAAAUCUAUAUAUCUACACAUAGAUCUAAUAAAUGUGCAAUGCUGUAUUCACUUGUAGACUUUUGUACUUUAGUGACAAUUAUGAAAGAAUGGGAUUUCUCAUCAAGCCGAUGGAAGAGAAGCGCGCGGAGUCUGCAACAAUGUGGGCAGUCGCAAAGAUUAAAGCUACUCUCUGAUGUAUGCUGGGUAUUUCCUCAUCUUAUUCAAUCUCAAAACUCCUCUGUAUCUUAGACUUUUAAACUGUUACAGAGUGCUUGUGUGUGUGUGUGUGUGAGGCAGUGUGUGUAUGUGCGUGUGUGUGUGUGUCAUUACUCUGUUUAAUAUUUCUUGGGGUUUUCUGCUCUGUAUUAUUCAAAAACUUAUUUUUCUAAAGGUGCGAAAAUGGUCACAGACACAAAAUUACUUUGUUCUUUCGAAAAGGGCUGGAAUCUACGAGAAGAGCAAGGCUAUCAUUUCUUUAUUUUUUAAAUAUUGAAUUGGAUCUUAAUAUUUGACCCAGUAGUCAUCAGUCCAGAAAAUGAAAAACCAUCAACUUAAAUCUAUCUUUGAUGUUACAAGCUUCUCAAAUUAUAUAUAUAUAAUUGCAAUGCUUCUUGGCAAUUAACAUUAGAUAGCAGGUAAACAUGUUUGUUUUUUUCCAACAGGGUGCCACAUUUUCUUCAGUAAAAAUGCAUUUGUGGGUUAAGCAGCAUAAUGGAAGAUUUUGGAUGCAUCCCUGAGAGAAAACCGAUGUUUCUAAAACAAUUUUGAAGAAACGAGACAUAUUUAGAACUGAACAAUUUAUGUAUUUACCAAGCACCGUGGUAUUUUGCAUGCACUCCAGCAGUGCAUGGAAGCACUGCGAUCAGCCACAACAGCGUGGUUAUAUGCAUGCUGGCCAACAGCUCGUUCAUAUGCCUCUGUAGGACGACAUUCCGUUCUUUAACCAGCAUUUCUCUCAGCCGGUUUGGUUGUGUUUAGUGAGGUUCGAGUCAGCACAAAAUGCUAGCCACACUCCAUCGUCUCAUCCAUUACCCUAUUGCUGCAACAAUAUGCAUAGAGUUCCCUGCAUACACUUACACUAUGACCCUACUAUCCAAAUGCUGCAGGAAUAUUUUGGACCUAGAACUAUCGCCCACAUUAAGGCUCCAUUGCGCAUGUUCUUGAUAAUGUAUUAAGCACCUUAUGGUCAGUACCAGUCAAUAUCCUCAAUUCUGCUGCUCCCCCCACGACUGUAUUUCCUUACAAAUGUGGCGCCGUUCAGGAGUAGAUAAACUACUGCUCACAGCAUAAGCAUGAUCGCCAUAAAGCAUCGCUACGAUAAAGUGUAAACUUCCUUCAGUGCUAUCUUUUAAAAGGAUACAAUUCGAAAUCAAAUUCAGAUUAUUUACAUUGUCUUUGUAAGAUGACUUUCUGCGUUUUCUGUGUUUGUUUAUUCAUGAAGGAGGCUUGAGUUCAAUGUCGGAAACGUUCACCUUGAUUAUGUUUUCCGAGUUCCAGCUUGUUUCUGGUGGUGUUUGCAGUCAGCCCCUCCAUGUGGUGUAUCUCCUGUGUGUCAGGCAUCUAACCUUUAUUUGUAUAUAAGUAAAUAGUUUGACAAUCUUAGACCAACUAGAAAGUAAACGUUAAGGUUGCACAAGAAACAAACGAGGAGAUAGGCCAUAUUUUUUCUGACGCCAAAGAGUUUCGUUAGCUUGUCCAUCGAGUCAUUGUUUAAAACCAGCGGUCACCCCGACAGACAUACAUGUUCGCUUUUCAGUAACUUAGAAUAUUAUUGAAAAGUUUGUUUAUUUCAGUAAUUUAAUUGACAAAAAACUCGCAUUAUUCGGGUUCAAUACUCAGAGUGAUAUAUUUUAAAAUGUUUUUUUUUUUUUUUUCUUUUCAUUUUUAUGAUCAUGUCUCAUUACUAAGAGUAACCGAAGUUCAGUUAUUCUGUCUAGUCUCCCCAAAACUCUUGAACAAAUUUUGCAUAAAAAUACAGCCGUUCCUGAUGAUUGUACACCUUUUUCAAUCACACUUUUUCGUUCCACCCAUUUUACCUUUAACACAGUUAACGGCAGCCCUCGGUGAACAGCCACUUUUAAUAGCAACUGUACCUUUUCUGGCAUUAGCUUCUUUAGCUAAAGCCAGAAAAAGGUGGAGAACGUCAGAGACAGUCUUCUGGAUAACUGUCAAGUCAGCAGUCUUCCUUAUUGUUGUGUAGGCCUUAACACAAUAUAUUCUUUAAAAUUGGCCUGUGCAGUACUCCAUAUUUCUGUUAAACGGAAUUUCGUACUUUUAUUAGCUGCAACCCAUAAUCAUUGAAAUGAACAGAAAUAAACACUUGAAACAUACCACACUAUUUAAUGAAUUAAUCUAAAAAAAAAAAAUAAUAGAGUUUUGCUUUUUGAAUUAAGCUCCUAAAAUAAAUGAACUUCUUAUAAAAUUCAAAGUGUUGCGAUACAUUACAUGUUCAUACAUGAAGAGUGGACAGAGGCACAGUUCAACUUGGGAGUUCUAUCGCCAUCGCCAUUUGUUGCCACUUGAAAUUGCGAUCGAAUGCCAUUUAUUCAAAAGUACAAAAUGUGACGUUUCAUCUAAAAGUUAAAUGUUUCAGUGGACCAAGUCAGUGAUGCCGUUCCGUUCGGUCCAGAACCGCAGCUCACCUCAUACAAUACGUAUGAUGUUUAUAAAUGUGUGAGUGCGUGUUUGGAUGUCUGUACGUCUGUGCCCAUCUGAGUUACAUAUUAUUAAUAUUGUUUUCUGGUAGCUCAUGUCCAAGUCUCUCCUUGUUUAAAAAAAAAAAAA